AUGAUGGUACAGUUUAAUUUUCUUCGUAAUAGAGUAAUUAAGUGGUCGCAUUGUUUUGCAACAGUACCUGGUUGUGAUCCACCACCAGUUUGUAAGCCAAUAUGCCCUCCAGCUAAAAAUGGAAAAGACAGCAAAACCGAUAGACUUCUACGCCAAGAGCCUGGAGAUGUUCGUUGUGGUUUUAUACCAAAUGAAUGGUUUGAGCUAUUUUUCAAACGUACCGGUGUUAGUGGAUUUGGAACAUUUUGCUUCACAGUUGGAAUUACAUUAAUGAGCAAAGAAUACUAUAUCUUGGAGCAUGAAUAUUAUAACGGCCUUUCUAUGCUUCUUAUGUGCGUAAUGGCCAGUAAGAAGAUCGGUCCCGGCAUAGCUAAAUUUUUAGACUCUGAGAUAGACGAAUAUGAACGAUCCCUAACUGGCCACCGCAAAGAGACGACAGAGCUAUACGAAAAUGCAAUACAGCAUGAAAAAAAACUUCAACACAGCUCGGAAGGUUUCCUAAUGCUAGCUGCGGCAAAACGCGAGAACGUUGACCUACAGAGGGAGGCCGCCUAUCGUGCACGAUGCAUGUUCGCCUACCAGGAAACUGUAAAGCGAUUAGAGUAUUGUGCGACGCGCGAUAUAGUUGAACAAGCAAUUGCAAAACGAUGCAUGGCCGAUUGGGUGGUGGAACAAGUACGAAAUGCAGUGACACAGGAAAUUCAACAGAAAUCUGUGAAUAAAUGUAUAGAGGAUCUUAAAUAUCUGGCGGAUACUUAUGGUACUCUAAGUGCGCCUUAUCCAUCUGAGGAUAUUGAUAGUUUGUAUGAAGACACAGAAAAACCGACAAAUGGUAAGAAGUAA